AUGUCGAGGAGUGAGCAGGAAGACGACUGGAUCGAUGAGGUGCAGCACCGCGAGGGCUUCGUGCUGGACGAGCAGAGCAUGAGCGCGCUGGAGAUCCCGGACCGAGAAGUCACCUACCGCCGCGCCAACGUGGAGACCCAGUUCAUGACGUCGCGCUUCGACUCGCAGACGGAGGACGUGUUCGCGCCGCCACCGCCGGGCAAAGUGGUGUUUACCACCAGUCCUGCCACGCUGCAGGACCUGGAGGACGGCUCCACGGUGCUGGGCCUCGGGCCGAUGCAGGACAAGCCCAAGGACUUCGUCUUUGACAGUGCCGAGUCCGUUCAUGACCCGAACAAGGACAGUGCGACCAAUUCGCAGAUCUUCGUGCCCACUGGAGAGGUGCCUGAUGCCCGGGAAGUGGGCUAUCGCCAAGUGAACCCCAUGUUCGAGUCGUGCGAGCCGCCCGAGGUGAUAUUUCGGACGCUGCAUAAGGCCAUGAGCGCACAAGACGUCGAGUUCUCGUGCAGUGCCGACUGGACGAUGGACGCUUACGCGCUGGUCGCAGCGGAAGAAGUGUUCUUCCAUGUGGAGCUGCACCGCUUGGCCAUGAAGUCGACGAUUCGUGUCGACUUCAAUUUGCGUUCGGGCGACGAGUUCAAAUUCCUCGGAUUGACGGACUCCAUUCGCAAGGAGUGCAGAGUAAUCGACAAGGACAUGAUCGGGCUUCCUGAACUCAGCUUUGACAUCAUGGCGGAUUGGUCGAGCCCAGGUGAACUCUUCCCAGGGUCUUUCUUGGUGGACUCGCAAGAACUUUCGAUGCUGCUGCUUGAAAUCAACUCGGAGUGUCCACCGUUCACGCGGUACGAGGUGGCUAAACGGCUGAAAGAGCUUUGUCAGUACGACUCGAACCGUCGUGCCCUUGCUGACCUGCUCAAGGAGCAAUUCGUCACCGGAUUGCAGUCGAUGCUCAAGGAUGACAACGAGGAUAUCGUGCGCUUUGCCAUCUACACCAUCCUGAACUUCGCUGAUGAUGUUUCAGCGCUCAACGACUUGGAAUUGCCUCGGUUGCCUGAGACGCUUCGCGACAUCUUGACGCUCUCGCAGAAAGAGUCGACGAAAAAGCUCGCUGGCGAUCUCUACAAGACCAUUAACGCCGUAUGUUAG